AUGCCCUCUUCCUACCGAAACCCUUUGUCCAGGGCCUCUCGACACCCUGAUCACCGUCCGCAGACACCACCCCAGUACCGCAAAGAGACCGUUUCGACCAGAAGCCGCCAACUCGUUCGACCCUCCUUUCCUGAAACAUUUCUCGAUGACUUCAACCCAAUUGACCGCCAUAAUAAUAAUCACGGAGACGUUCAAGAUGUGGACUCUGUCGACGAAGACGAGCGGGAUCCACACGACCUGUCCUUGAAUCCUGCACUCGGUGUACGGUCGUCGGUCGUAGAUAAUAUGCUCCUCUCUCUCGACCAAUUCUCGCCUUCCGACGCUGCAGACUGUUCAUUCGACGACAGUCUCCCUUACGACUCUCCUCACCAACAGCAGGAGUCCUUUUCAGCUUAUUCCUCCUACCAUCACCACUCCGACAACAAUAGUAAUAACCAUAAUAAUUUCUCCAGCUCCGCCAACAGCAGGAUCUUCAGCAACAGAAACAAUAACAGCUACAACAACGACAACAGCAACGGCAACGACACCAGCGACAAUACCCGGUUUAGAUCCCACACGCUCUCCUCUUCUGUCUCGUCGGACGUGGAGCCAUACACUCACAAAGGUAGCCACGGCCAGAGACACCGUCACCAGAAUCGCCACGAGGCAGACGGCAGAGGGUAUCGCAGUAAUAGCAACCCGAAGAAGCAGCCCACAAUUCGGCACGUCGAUGGUAGCUCUGAGGGCGAGCGAACGACCUACAGGAGUAAAGUGUAUGAUUCUCAGAGAGCAAUUAGCUCAAAUGACCGUUCCCAAAGUCGGACAACCCCUCGUUUUGUAAGGAGAGAAAGCACCGGCAGCGCGUCCUCCAGCAUCGACCUAAACGAGAUGCUUGCUACUACUUCGAUAUAUGGAACACGAAGGUCGGCCAGUUUCGACUACGGUUCUACCUUGCCGUCACGAGCCAAUGGGAGAGACCCUUCCUUUGGUCACCGUGAUACCAUGAUGCAGUACGAUGACAUGAAUGCUGCCCCGACCCCAACGGUCCUGCUAGGCCCUAGGAAAGAAUUUGCUCCUCCAGCCCUGUCUGAUCAUGCCAGCACUGUCCAUGCUUCCACUCCUCCGGAGACCUCCCGAACCCCGUCGUUGGCUCACAAAAACAGCACGAGAUCCGCGCGAAGCAUGUACUCUAGAAAGAACAAGAGUGACACGUUGGGUACUUCGACAAUCAGAGGCCGAAAUGAUGAGUAUAAUAAAUAUUUCGGGGAAUCUCAAGACCUAAUUCCUCCUGUUCCUGCUUUGAACCAGUCGUCGGCCCCCAGCCCUACCAUUGCGCGCUCAAAGCAACCGCUCCCUGCGACUUUCCCCGUUGAAAACGUCAGCACGCCUCCAUCAAAGGAGCGUCAGGGAUUUUUCAGACGGGUAUUUGGCUCUUCCAAACAAUCUUCCCCCUCACAGUCCGACGUGAGCCCUCACUCGGCACGAGAUAACGAGACCGACCCCUCGAGAUACGAUAACGUCUCAAUCCAUCCACGGCCCUAUCGACCACCUCCAGUUCCAAGGGAUCCCUCCACAGCCAACAAUGCCACCCGUGAGAAUCCUCCGGUCGUGACGAAGAAGCCCUCAUCCUUUUUCCGUCGGCGCAAGAAGUCUGUAGUUGAAAACGUUCCUCCACCUCUUCUUCCGCUCUCGAAUUUGAGUUCCACGGAGGUGCCUAAACCCGAAUCCCUGGAAACCGAGAAAUUGAGAAUCAGUCCUGCAACAGAUUCUCUCCGCACGGACAGCCUCAGCAGGGCUAUGAAACCGUACCUGUCGGACAUGGAUUCGCCCAAACAUUCACCCACACAUUCAUCGAAGCCCUCCAGUCGCGGUGGCAAGUCACGAGACCAGCAAGAAACCGAUGAGUCUGAUAUUGAAUCGCCCGUCAAACGAGAAAAACUCCGGGUCAAGGCACCCGAAAUCAAGUCCUCGAAGAAACUUCAAAAACUGGGCUAUUUAUCCAAUCCCAAUUCUUCCCGUCGAGCUGCGGGCGCGUCAAAGACAAGCCCCAAAUCUAACUCCCACUCACGAGCCACCAACUUUGACGGCUCGUUCCUCGCAGACAGCAGCGGAAAUGAAGGGUUGAGCACAAAGCAUUCUGGAAACAAGAACAAGCAAUCGCGCAGACCACAGACAAGCCCCGACCCUCCAAGCCAGCAAUAUGAGCAUUCUACCCCCAGACCCAAGGGUGAACUUGUGCUUUCUGAUCGAGUAAAUGGCGGGAAAUCCCAGAGCGGCGACUCGAAUUCUAACUCAUUACUGGAACCAACGAUCUCUCCAGCACAUUCAAAGCAGGCCUCAGCUCCCGCCAGUCCGAACAGCACACAGUCUGAGCAUACCUCCAGGCAGAAGCAAGCAGGCCUUCACAUCGAUACGUCUGGAAAGCCUUUAUUCGCCACAGAUAAAGACAAAUCUCCCCGAAUAUCAACGUCAACUUCAAUCACGUCUAACUACCAUACUGCCCAGAGUACUCCUGUUCCUAGCAGUGACGAAAACCUCGCCUGGGGAAGUACGGCCAUGGCACCGUCUCAGGGCAAUUUGGAUACAACCGAUGGCGGGCUUCAUGAGAAUACGCCUUGUCCUGAAGAUAGACAGCAGGCUCAGAAGAUAUUUGACAAUAACGAUGAGGAGUUGGCUGCUGGGCGAUAUACAGCUGCUUGGUUGGGAACGCCGGACAGGGGGAUGCUUCGAAAGGCAUAUAUGGAUCUCUUCGAUUGGUCCGAUAUGAAUAUUCUCUCGUCAUUGAGGAGUUUAUGCACCAAGAUUGCAUUAAAAGGCGAGGCCCAGCAGGUAGACAGAGUGCUGGACGCGUUUUCAUGCAGAUGGUGUGAAUGUAAUCCUAACCAUGGCUUCAAAGCAACCGAUGUUGUUCAUACCAUAUCCUACUCCUUGCUCUUGCUCAACACUGAUCUCCACCUUGCAGACAUUGAGCAAAAGAUGACCAAGCCCCAAUUCAUUAAAAACACUAUGCCUACUAUUCAGCGAGUUGUAACUGAAGCUGCUCCAGAAGCAUUCGGCACAUCUCAGUCGUCAAGGCCUCAGACCAAACAGACUGCUGAGUCGGAGGGGUCGCACCCUAAAAAUUCCCCGGUACCUUACCUGGACAAGCAAUUCAGCCACUCGCCAACCACAAUUGAGAGAUCAGAUGAACCACCAACUAUCGAUAUCCCCAUUAUUGAACACCCUAGCAUGCCACCUCCCCGUCUAUCAAGCCGCGCCUCAUUUCUCGAUACAGGUCAUGGACUGCAAUCUCUGGCUGGCCCGCUUGUAUCAACUCCGUUUAACGGAACGAUGAAGGCAUGGGAAGCCCAAGUUGAAAUGGUACUCAAGGACUACUACACCUCUAUUCAUAAACAGAAGCUGCCCCUUAGAGGCGUCACUACAGAGAGCGAUGAGCAUAUUCCUGCUCAUGGCGGAUUCCUUACCCUUACGCAUAACAUGCUCCGAAGGACUCCGAGUACGAUAAGUCGGGCCGGUGCGGGAGACACUUACCGCGGCCGAGGCGCUGAAAAUCGUCUGAAUGCGGCCCGAUGGUCCUCAAAAGCAAGGUCUCGCCCUCGUCUUUACCCGCCGUCAGCCAUGGGUUCGAGCCGUACAAGCUUAGAUGACCAGUCGUUUGUCUGGUCGCCUUCUGGUUCGAGCACCUGGAGCAAGAACUCUCUUGGAAAGACCCUGACCUCGAUGUCGGUUGAUUCUCUGGGGUCCGAAUAUCCUCGGGGUGACUAUCAGCAAUCGAUUGGGUUUGCGAAUGCCUUGAGCCAUGCUAUCAUCCGUGAGGAUUCAGCUCACUCUAUAGCCCCCUCGGAAGAUCCUGCGCGAGUUGCAAUGGUUCUAGAAGACGAGGGUCUCGAACUUGCCGGUGCUCCAUGGGCAAAAGAAGGCAGUCUAAAGCACAAACACCAUCUUGACUCGAUCGACAAGCGAGCGAAGGAUAGAAACUGGAACGAGACCUUUGCCGUCAUCCAAAGAGGCUGGAUGCGUCUUUUCUCAUUCAACUCUAAUAAUAAGUCCAGUCGUCUGAAGCCCAAGCAACGUCAGAAUGGAGGGUUAGUAGUCGGAGGCGGCAACUGGAUGGAAAACGCAGACGAGACGUGGAAGUUCCUACUUCGACAUACCAUUGCCAGCGCCCUUCCGGCUCCAGGAUACUCCAAAUCACGCCCUCACGUAUGGGCUCUUAGUCUGCCCACCGGCGCUGUGCACUUGUUCCAAGUAGAAUUCGUCUCAACAGCCAACUACUGGAGUGCCCGGCUGUCCAAAGGCCCUCUGUUCGGUGCGGUCAGCAACAUCGAGUAUGGCUGGAGUGACGCCGUCAUCAACAACGCCGUCUCAAGCCUUGAUGAUUCUAAUCUCCCGAACAGUGCCCCGUCAUCAAGCAGCUCAGCUCCUCUUCCUCGACCCAGUCUGCAGAGCUCCAUCCGUAGCUCUAUAGACCAAGGCGUCCGCCCUCGCCUGCCAGCCGACCGGAUCGUGCUCAGCGACUGGCGGCCGCCUCAGCAAAGCAUGAUGGCUUCCACAUCCUCCGAAGCGGAGCAACUAGAGACGCUCCGCAGCUACGUGAAACAUGUGGAGCAGGAACUCCAGCGUCACAACGAGCUACGUCCUGCUCUCAUGCUUGCCUUCACCCCAAAACACGCGAACUACUCCAAGGCUCUGCAUAACUGGGAACGCAAGUCUUCAUAUCUUCUCAGAGAGAUUGUCAAAUUCCGCACCUACAUCGACAGCCUGGUGUGGGCAGAGACACAGAGGGAACGGAUCUACCAGGCCGACGCCGCUAAAGAGGAAGAAUCGAAUACAGGCAACCCUGCCCCCGUCGAGACCUAG